AUGUGGGGGUCACUUGGUCUAUGGGUGAGGCCGACCACCAUAAAUGAAGGCCAGCUUCCCACCUCCCACCCCAUCGUGGGAGAACAGGACCAGGGAGCUGCCACCCCUGAGAUCAAAAGUGGUUUCCAGGCCUCCCAGGGGUUUCUAGGGGGUUUCUCCGGGAGUCCCAGCCUUCCAGCCUCCGGUCUCACCCGGCCCGCAGGUGCGCCGGCGCAGCGCUGGUCCAUGCAGGUGCCGGCCGAGGUGAGCGCGGCGGCGGGCGAGGCCGCGGUGCUGCCGUGCACCUUCACGCACCCGCACCGCCACUACGAGGGGCCGCUGACGGCCAUCUGGCGCGCGGGCGAGCCCUACGCGGGCCCGCAGGUGUUCCGCUGCGCGGCGGCGCGCGGCAGCGAGCUCUGCCAGACGGCACUGAGCCUGCACGGCCGCUUCCGCCUGCGGGGCAACCCGCGCCGCAACGACCUGUCCCUGCGCGUCGAGCGCCUCGCCCUGGCCGACGCCGGCCGCUACUUCUGCCGCGUCGAGUUCGCGGGCGACGUCCACGACCGCUACGAGAGCCGCCACGGCGUCCGGCUGCGCGUGACGGGUGAGGCGGGCCGCGGGGGCCGCGGGGGGCGCGGGGGCCGCGGGGGCCGCGGGGGGCGACGGGGCUGCGGGGGGCGCGGGGGCCGCGGGGGGCGACUGGGG